AUGACGACGUCUGAUGGACUUUGGAAUCAGCUCGGCGCGUCGGAGCUUAUCGAAUCAUGUGGACCAGAGAUCGCCGAGGUGCUUCACCAGGUCGAUAUGAUGGUAGAAGCAAAACGAAGCGAAUGGGAAGCGCAGUACAAUAAAGCUGUUCAGAAUGAAAAAGCUGCAAAGCUGAAAAUUCAAAAUCAACAACUUGAGUAUGAAAAUCGCAUCAAGCAGCUUCGAGUUGACAUGGGAGCAUUGAAAGAUGCGUAUUUAAAGCUCGAAAAGCACCACAACUCGCGCCCGGAUAAAUACAGACGAAUAGUGCACGCGAAGAAUAAAGAGAUCACCGAUCUUCAAGGGAAAAACGACCGGUUGCUCGAAGAGAUAGCAGUACUUAAGGACGAUAAACUCCGGCUCAAGGAGCAGUUGAAAAAGAGCGAAGAAAAGUUCAACGACGAGCGAACGAAAAACAUCAUCCUCGAAGCAGAUUCCAUCAAGAAUAAAGAGAUGUCCAUCGAGCGUGAUACUGUUAACGAAAAUAUGAAAAAACUACGAGCAAAAUACGAAAACCUAAAGAAAGCGCUGAAAGAUAUUGAAAAGGAGAAUACGCCACCGAGGGAAGAUAUUCCAAUUUCAACUAUUACGCCUGCUGUACCUAAGCUGAACUUACCAUUACCCCGAGAAUCAUCUGUCACACCUGCAACAUCUGAAGCGGGAACACCGCGCAGUACAACUUCAAACAACUCAGUAUAUGUCGUUCCAAUCCCUGUUUUUGAUAUUGAUGACAACGAAGAGAAUCAUGACCUUCCAGCGUUCUCCCCGCGCGCUGAAUCGCGACUAAAUCAAAUCACUCAAAAGUACCAAAGCGAGGACGACGAAUUCGACAAGAUCUUCAACGCGAAAAUCGACGGCCACAUCAGCGAGUUCACCGAUUUCAUCAACGCGCUCAACUGA